CUGACGAAUCGCACGUUGUGUCUGGAAGAUCACAUCGUGUCUACGGGACUGUGGGAGGGACAGUCAUCAUCAUUCUAACCGGCUGCAUCAGUAUGCUUACAGUCCUGGGCAACGUUCUCGUGCUCCUGUCAAUCAAAGUCAACCGCAACCUCCGAACCAUCAACAACUACUUCCUCUUCAGUCUGGCUUGCGCUGACCUCAUCGUUGGUGUGUUUUCAUUGAAUCUCUACACCGUGUACAUUGUCAAAGGCUACUGGCCUUUGGGACCACAGAUGUGUGACUUGUGGCUGGUUGUGGAUUACGUGGUAAGUAACGCCUCUGCGAUGAACCUCCUUGUGAUCUGUUUCGAUCGCUACUUCUGCGUCACCCGGCCUCUGAGUUACCCGGCCAGGCAUACCGCGGGGUGGGCAUGGGCCAUGAUCGCCACCGCCUGGUUGCUCUCUUUGCUUCUAUGGGCUCCGGCCAUCCUUUUUUGGCAGAUUGGGCGGGAUGGUCGGAAGGUCCGAGAGGGCGAGUGCUACAUUCUGCUCCUCGCCAACCCAGCUGUAACCCUGGCAACCGCCAUCCCUGCAUUCUACCUUCCUGUUGUAAUAAUGACUGUUCUGUAUAUUCGGAUAUGCCUGGCAAGUCAGAGGCGAGUUUUUAAGUCGACGCUCGAAUCGACAAACCUUCUUCAACCAAAUGGAGGAGCAUUGAUCAAGCCCGAUAUAGUAAACGAUAUUAAAAGAGAUCAGACGUGCUCAUUCAAAGAUGACCUCAUCAGGAAAAGCAAAUUGCGCAACUCUGUGGAUUCAAGCCCCGAUGGCUCUGUGGCAGAGCGAGGGCUAGAUACAAAACCAAACACCAUCACGGAUUCUACAGAAGCGAGUAACAAGAUACUUUGCUCUAACAGUUCCGUUUUCAAAAGCAAUUCUUGUUUACACCGAACGGAUUCCAAGGUUCUCAAAGAUGUCUCCAAGUUGACUCGACGGAAGGCGGUGAGAGAGAGAAAGGUGACAAGGACGAUUUUUGCGGUUCUCCUGGCCUUCAUCUGUACCUGGACGCCUCACAACGUCAUGGUUCUCAUUGCUACUUUCUGCCACCGGUGUGUUCCAGAAGUCCUGUGGGUGGUGGGAUAUUUUCUGUGCUACAUCAACAGCACUGUUAAUCCAGUGUGCUACGCUUUGUGUAAUGACACCUUCAAAAGAACCUUCAAGAGACUGUUGAAGUGCCGCUUUAGAAAUCAAAGAUUAAGAUGAAAAGUCUCUCGCAGUUCACCCAAAAAUGAG